GGCUAUAUUACCCUAAUAGCUACCACUUCCUCCCCUUUGUCCUUUACAAACUUCAAACGCUCUCAUCCUCAAGCAUUCUCAAUCUUAUUUCGGUCUUUCAGCCACCCACCUUUAUCAAUAAAUGGGAGGCUGUGCGAGCAAGCCCAAGGAGGAGUCUGAUAUCCUUAAGGUGUCACUCCCUACCGAUGAUGUUGUUGCCCCUGAGAAGGCCGAGGGCGAGACUGUUCAUGCUGAUCAAGGGACCAUUAACAAUGUAGAUGAGAUUCAGAACGAAGCACCUUUGAUAGACCUCUCCAAGGAGGAGGAUGAAGACUCAUCCUCUGAACAAAAGAAUACUAUUGUCAAAGCAGCACCAGUUUCUAUUGAGGCACAUGAAGAAACCGCCAAGAUAGCAGAAGACACAGUUGAAGACCCUACCAAUGAAUUGAAGGACGUCAAGGUUGAGGCUAAUAAUAUUGAGACUAAUGAGCCGGCAAAGGAGGAGCAAGCUGAGGCCAAGAUUGACAAAUCAGAUGUUGUUGCUCCGCUCUCUGGAGAAAAAAGUGAUGCACCUCUUACUACCGCAUGAUAACGCCUCAAAGCUAACAAAAAAAAUAAAGCUAGCUAUAAGUUGCCAUCAAGCUUUAAUUUAUCCCUGGAUUGUUGGGAGUGCAUGAUGCAAGGACAUGGAAUUGACAUUAUUUUUUAUCGAUCGUUUAGAUAAUGUAUUUGUUCUUCGUAAUUUGUUCAUGUUUCUACUUCUAAUCCAUGUAUCUAGUUUUAGAAAUCAAAUAUGCUAUGCAAAAAUAUUUGGACAAUUACCA